UCCUAAUAUUGUCAACAAUACAGAAGUAACAAAUUCACAUCAAUAAAUUUGCACAUUCUCAAAAGGAUUUUUAUUUGGUUGCAUAGAAUGAAUUCAUUUCAUUUGGUUGCAUAUUUAUGAAGAAUUUACAAAGGGAAAAAGAAUCUAUAUAUUAAUAAUUUAUUUAAUGCUUCAUUUUAUAAUAGUUAUCGAGAAAACCAGAUGGAGCUACAGGAGUUACCCAGGUUGCUUUGCGUGUAGAAAAGAGACUUCAUCCAACAAUUGUUCGAUCUUCGAGAUGAAUCAUAAAUUCGUCCACAAGAAAUAUACCACAAGAUUCUUUAAUAUAUGUUAUUCAGAUUGCCAUUAAGAUCUUAAAAUGGGCAGUAUUCCACUCUUUGAUGGAGAAUGCUUACUUGUUCAUGUAUCCUCCCAGCAAGUCUGAAGAAUAAGGAUUACUUCUGAUUCUCUUCUGUGCCUGUCUGGAGUUAAGAGACAAAAACACGUGACUUGCGGCAAAUGGGGAACUCCUACUGGCCACUUAUGAACCGUUUGUAUUGAAAGAGGUGGCUAAUAGAUUACAACAUGGCCGGAAAAAGGAAGCCAGAGGGACCGGACAGUGCACGAUCAUGGGCGAUCGCGGCCGCUGCAUGUGUCAUCAACACCCUCUUGUCUGGAAUCAGCAGAGCGACCGGAUUGUUCUAUGUGGCCCUAAUAGAGACUUACGGCGUGUCCAGACUUCAAGCCAAUCUGCCCUUUACCAUGAGAAAUGCAAUCAGAAAUCUACUAGGUCCACUAGUAGGAGCCAUUGGUCAGCGUUACGGACCACGAGAUGUAACAAUUGUUGGUGGAAUCUUCGCCUCGCUUGGCAUCAUUUUGUGUACUUUUGCGCCAAGUGUCAUUUGGAUCACUAUUCUUUGGGGUGGAAUGCACGGAGUCGGUGUCGCUUUGGGAAAUACGCUCUUCCAAGUUAUAGUUACUCAAUACUUCGAGAAAUACCGCGCCACAGCUUCUGGUCUUGCUCUAUCCGGCGCUUGUCUGGGUUCAUUUAUCUUUCCUAUUCUUACUGAAUACAUGCUAGACACUCUGGGUCUGGCUGGCUCAUUUUUAGUGACAGGUGGUCUCGUCUUGCAUGUCUUACCCGCUGCCAUCAUGCUAAAAGAACCACCUUGGAUCCAAAGGGAUAUAAAAGAUAAAGAAAGAGAAAAAGUAGAAGCUAAGAAACAGCUUUCGAAUGUGUCCACGAUUUCUAAGAAGAUAUCUAAAUCGACUCAUUCCAUGUCUAUUAUACAAGAGGAUGAAACAUCUUCUGAUAAUCAGAAUGUUAGCGUUGUGAAAAGAAGUUCUUCCUCCAAUUCUAGUGCAUAUUAUGAAGACAAAGACAAAGAAUCAAAUUCUUCUCGUGAUGCAAACAAUACGACGUAUGGAAUAGACAAUCCUGGUUAUUCAGGGUCUAGUCUUGAGCUAAAUAAAAAGAAAUCAGAUCAGAAUCGAGAUGAAGUUGUACCAAGAGAAAGACUACGAACCAUUUCCAUAGGGGAAGUAAGCCUCACUAUUAAAAGUCCUCCACCAGAGCAUCAGCAAGAAACGUCCAUCUAUAAGGGCACGAUGAAACUUUUCCGAGACCCCAUGUUCCACAUGAUAAGCCUAUCCCUUGCAGCUUUUGCCAUGCUCUUCGACCCAGCCUUAACGGUCAUCGUCGAUUAUCUUAUGGACAAAGGCGUCACAGAAGAGUUCGCCAAAUACUUCAUCAGUAUGCUUUCUGUUGGAGACCUGCUGGGAAGACUGUGUUUCGGUUGGAUAACAGACAGGAACUACAUGUCAGUCUCCAAUUUCAUGAUGGUUAUUCAAAUUAUGCAGGGACUGUGUUUCCUUGCAAUGCCUUUAUUCAAUAGUUUUGACACACUGAUGGCAAUAAUGGUCAUCUAUGGAGUGAUGUCUGGGGCUAACUUAGUAAUGUAUCCAAUAUUGGUUGGAAAAUAUCUCCAGUCAGUGCAGUCAUUGGCCAUUGGUUUCAUAGCCUUCUUUAGUGGUUUACUAUCAUUUGCAGUUCCACCUCUGAUAGGUUAUUUCCGGGAUGAGGUGGGGUCUUAUGAUGGAAUGUUCUACAUAACCGGAGGUUUGUCUUCCGCAACAGGUUGCUUCUGGUUGUUAGAACCCUUAUUGCUGAAACUUCGAGAAAAACUGCAAAAGAAUGAUCCAGUACUUGUUAUUUCAUUGUAAACAUAAAAUUCAUUUUCUGUGUUUGUUUAUAAUUAUUCAUCAUCAACAUUAAAUAAUACACUUGUUUUAA